AUGACCGCCGCCGUCGCUCCAUUUCCCCCCUUUCACGAAGGGAACAUAAAGAACUGGUUCCUGCAAAUGGAAGCUAUUUUUACUGUCAGAAGAAUUACAGACCAAAAAACAAAGUUUGGCCACGUGGUGGCGGUUUUGCCACCCGCCAUUGUCGACGAAGUAUCUGACUUUCUAGAAGCCGUCCCGGAGGUAGAGCCGUACACCCGGUUGAAAGAAGCUAUCUUAAGAAGAAUGGGUCGUACGGAGGAAACAUUAAUCCGUGAAUUAUUCAGUAACUUAACUUGCGAUGGCAGGACUCCCUCACAACUUCUUCGUUUUAUGAAAAGCCGACUCGGUAAAAAUACUAUGGCUGACUCGAUUUUGAAAAGCUUGUGGCUGGAUCGCUUCCCCACCACCAUUACCCAAAUUUUGGCGCCUAUGUCUGAGAACACCCCGAUCGACCAGUUAGCGGACGCCGCUGAUCGUAUUUUCUCUCAACUGGAUCACCAAACAACGCCAGUACACAGUGCUGAAGCAACUAGUGACCACAGGUCCUUAGAAAAACAGUGGAAGAUUUUGAACAAAAAGUUAGAGAUUUGA